AUGCGGCCACGGGUGCUCCAUCACUUUGCGCAGCCUGCAGUCUUUCGACGGGAGGACUUUUCAUCGUGGAUGGAUCUGCUGCGUCGCGUGGCAUACGUUCGAAGGUAUCCGGCGAAUCUGCGAAAGAGGCAAGCGAAGAAACCAAACGUCACCGGUCCGCUAACGCAGGAGGAGUUGAAGGAAUCCGAAUCGUUGAUCUUCAAGAUGGUGCAGGAUGCUGAGUUCACCUCUAAAAUCGGUCUACUGAAGAAGCGGAGGUGUACGCCGCUGCCGAAGAAUAGCUCGCUGUACAAGUUUAGUCAGUACCAGGACGGUUAUGGAGUGCUGCGUAUAAGGGGCCGUAUAGACGCCUGCGAAGUUGUGGACGAGAGUACAAAAUACCCAAUACGGCUGCCCAAGCGUCACGUGGUAACGGACAUGAUUGUAGCCAGUGUUCAUCAGCGGUACUGCCACAUAAACCACCAGACUGCUCUCAACGACAUCCGAUGCAGAUUUUACGUGCUUCAACUCCGCUCUACGUACAAUCGUGUACGAAACCGAUGUCAGCUCUGCAAGAACCGCCAGGCGAAGCCAGCUGUACCGGAAAUGUCUGCUCUCCCACCUGCACGAUUGAAAGCUUUCUGCCGCCCAUUCUCCUACAUCGGAAUCGACUACUUUGGGCCGAUGAACGUGGUUGUUGGCCGGAGGGCCGAGAAACGUUGUGGAGUCUUAAUCACCUGCCUCACAGUACGAGCCGUACAUAUCGAGAUCGCCCACAGCCUCACGACAGACUCAUGUAUUCUAGCUCUUCGAAAUUUCAUUGCCAGAAGAGGCGCCCUUCUGGAGAUAGUCAGCGAUCGAGGCACUAACUUCAUCGCAGAGGUGCAGCAAGUUAAUCAGGACAAGCUGAUAGGGUACUUCAUCACCACCGAUACCAAGUGGUCGUUCAACCCGCCUGCUUCUCCACACUUCGGCGGAGCCUGGGAAAGACUUGUCCAGACCGUGAAGAAGGCUCUCAAGCACCCCCAACUCACACGCACACCCACAGACGAGAUACUCCGGAACAUGUUGACUGAGAUAGAGCUGAUCGUCAACUCACGUCUGUUAACCGAACUGCCCUUAGACGACGAGCAUACUCAGUCACUCACACCGAGCCACUUUCUGCUCGGGUUAUCAGACGAUCGCGUUUGA